AUGUCCCCCACCAGCACAAAAACGAAAGACCCCUCAGACCCCCGGAAACAGAGCAGAGAGCACAGUCGGAUUCCCCUGGUCCGUGCCAGUUCUGAGUUGAUCGUUGAACGGCGACCGCGGAGACAGGAGGCCCGUUCACGCCGGCCGCACCGGCGCCCCCCGGAGGGGACUGACCCGAUACGGACCCGCACGCGACCAGACAGCCAACGCCUCACAGCAAGGAAGAUCCGCGUGAGGCCAAGGCGCGGGACCGAGCAGAGAAUCACGACGGCGCGAACGCGCGGGGACGCGACGGCCCGAAGACCGCCACGCCACACCUCGCGCCGCAACCGCCGAUCGACUCUCCCAGGCCCGGCUCCCGGCACGUCUACGCUUCCCGACCAAGCCCGAUACACCCCGAUCCUCAGAGCCAAUCCUUGUUCCGAAGUUACGGAUCAAGUUUGCCGACUUCCCUUACCUACAUUAUUCUAUCAACUAGAGGCUCUUAACCUUGGAGACCUGCUGCGGAUAUGGGUACGAUCCGGUGCGAACUUUCCACGUAGCCCUCUCCCGGAUUUUCAAGGUCCGAGGGGAAGAUCCGGACACCGCCGCAACUGCGGUGCUCUUCGCGUUCCAAACCCUAUCUCCCUGCUAAAGGAUUCCAGGGAACUCGAACGCUUAUAG